GCUCAUGGUGACGAAAAUAUUGUCCUUGUACUAGUGAAAUCCCCCAACUUCACGAUAUCCCAGCUUUCAUCCCUAAAAUCCCUAAAAUCGCGCUGAAAUUUACUCGAAGAGAUUUAACGCGUCUUCUUUAUGUUUUUUUGUGAAGAAAAACUUGAUGUAGUUCAUUUGAUUGAAAAAUGAAUAUAUAUGACGAUGACCCCACUUCCUUCCCCUUGCCGUUGAUGUUGAUAGAGCUUGGAUCGAGCAGUCGACACGGAUUCUGCGAAAAAAAAGCUUCUAUGGGUGUUCCUGAUGUGUUAAAGUUAAUUCGACCACGACCACUAGGACAACUAGGGCAUGUUGAAAUUGGAUGUCAAAAAUAGGCAUGUCUCCUCGGAACGAAAGCAGGAAAAGAAGAUGCAAAAGUCGAGUUCUAGUGAUGAACAUCAAGCUGUAGCCUUUUUAAUAAUAAUACAUAGUUGAUGUUGAUGAAAGAAUUUAUAGGCAAAUAUUAUGUAGGAUUUAUUUCAGAUAAUCUUUAACUUUACUGUUAGAAGAUUAAUAUUCGCAAGAACAUGAACAUCGUUCCGGCUACAACAAAUUCUGCCUCGUCUUCCUCGUGGUCAAACGGAGGAGGAGCAAUUAUUCACCAGCAGCACGAGGAACCCUUCCUAGUCCUCGCACCAGAGCAGGCGAUAACUGCCAGUCUCAUUCCGAUAAUGGAACGAGUCUUUGCGGAGUUGGAGGCCGCAUUUGACUGGGGGCAAGGCUCUGCGCCUUCAGUCGAUCGGUUACGACGACUCCGCAAGGGAGUCGAAAUGGGCUAUGUGCACUUAGUGAAGAGGGAGUUUCCAUCACGGUUGCGGGAUCGGUAUAGUGCUGGUUGUAGAACUGGAGGAGGAGGAGGUAGUGUUGGUCGUGGUGGAGGUGCUUUGGAUCAACUACAAUUCUUGCAGGUACGAGACGAGAUUGGUUCACUGAACAACGUCAUUAAUAACUCGUCGACUUCUGCUGCAGGCACAGCAACGAGCGGAGACGUGCGCUAUGCAAGAAGCUUGUGUGCAUCUGAUUAAGGCCUCACUUAGUCCAUCUUUUACCGCAUCUGUAAGCUGUUUUCAAGUAGAAUUUUUUUUUGAAAUCGACGAGGGGAGAGAUGGACUGGAGUGAGUUCUAACCUGAGCGCAUAUUAGCAAAGCGAGACCAAAUCCAGGCUUUGAAAAAACAACUUGCUGCUUUGAAACAAGUAGGAUGAAUUUUGGUGAGACAUCAAUUGAUAUUUAAUGGUAAAGACGAGGUUUGCUGCUUCGAAUAAACGAGUCGGAUGAAUCUCAAUCUUCUACGUACAAGACUUAACUGUUCUUGUUGAUCCAGGUCGUUGCUGUCUUAUCUCGACGUGUACUGCAGAAUAUUAAAAGCAU